GUGGUGAUGCUUUCAAGUGUUGCUUGAAAUUUCUGGAUUCUUAUCAGAACGUCUGGUGUUCAUAUUUGACGAGCUAAACUCCACCGACACUGCAAAAAUCACCAACCCGUAAACAUUUGUGACUUUGCAAAGCCUUUGGGUUUGGUUGUUUGAUCGAAUUGAAAAUUCCGACGCUCCCUGAACGCGGCGUACCUCCAUCAGCGCUGUAGUGGCCACCUCAACUUUCCUUGUGUUCCUGCAGGAGGAACUUCACAGAGAGGCGCUCGGAACCGAAGCAGAUGCGAGUUCGGUCUUUCAGAACCCAAAUUUCCAUACGACAACAAUGAAACUAGCAUCGAUUCGUAGCGCGUGCGGGACUUUCCGAGUGAACGCACCCCGUGCGGCGGGUGGAAGACUGAGCGGGUUGCCGCGGAGAUGUUUUCCCGGUGCCGUUUCAAACAACCGGAUCACCAUCCGGACGGCGAGCGCCGCUGCUGGUGGCGGAACCAGCGCAAAAUUCAGCGUCAAAUAUGGAAAACGGCUCGAAGACGAGGACUUCUCUGAGUACGACAGUUCUCUUGGAGAAAUUGUUCACAUCACCAAAGAGGAGCUUGCAGCCCUGCAGAGAAAAACCCCAAAACUCCAGCCUCUGUUAGCUAUUGUUCAGGCAGGUGACGAUUACACUGUGGAGAUCAAUAAGAAAAUUGCAGGAAAGAUUGGCUUUAAUGUGACUCAAGUUUGUCUGAAGAAGACGAGCAGUGAAGAUGAGAUUAUAGGGGAGUUGCUGAAGUUGAAUGAUGACCCCAAGGUCAGUGGGGUUUACCUCCACCUCCCCCCGGCGUCUCUGACCAGUCGAGUGAUCAACACGCUUAACCCCGAGAAGGACGUGGACUGCAUAACUGAUAUGAAUAUGGGUCGCCUCGUGCAGGGAAACCUGAGCAGAGGAUUUGUUCCACCUCUGGCCGGUGCUGUUCUCAGUCUUCUGCAGAAACACGAUGCAUCUUUGGAAGGGAAAACUGUUCUGCUGGUUGGAGAAGGGCCCCUCAAAGUGGCCCUCCACUGUUUGAUCGAAAGGAAUGGGAUGUUUGUUCAGAGCAGCCACUCAAACUCCAACAGCCUACAGUCACAGGUAAUGCACGCAGAUGCUCUGGUCCUCCUGGGGGCAGAAAGUAUGGAGAUUCCCUCCACCUGGGUUCGACCAGGAGCUGCUAUCAUUCGCUGUGAGCAUAACAUCGGUUCAUCCUCAAGAUCAGGGCUGGGAUACCUUGCAGCAGCUUACAGAGCGCAGAAUGUAGUGCAAAGCUGCAGCCGGUGGCUCCAGGAGCAGCAGUACAGACCGUGGCAUCUUCACACCCUCAAACUGCAACCUCUCAACCCAGUGCCCAGUGACAUCGAGAUAUCCAGAGCUCAGACACCCAAACCAAUCGAUCAGCUGGCUGCAGAAAUCGGUCUGCUGCCAGAGGAGCUUGAGCCGUAUGGGAGGAGCAAAGCCAAGGUCCGCCUCUCCCUGUUGGACCGCCUCCACUCGCAGCCGGAUGGCAAAUAUAUCCUGGUAGCGGGCAUAACUCCCACCCCGCUGGGUGAGGGUAAGAGCACGGUGACUAUCGGCCUCGUCCAGGCCAUGUCUGCCCACCUGAAGCUCAACUCCUUUGCUUGCCUCAGGCAGCCUUCCCAGGGGCCCACGUUUGGUGUCAAAGGGGGAGCUGCAGGAGGGGGGUAUGCCCAGGUCAUCCCCAUGGAGGAGUUUAACCUCCACCUGACGGGGGACAUUCACGCCAUCACAGCAGCCAAUAACCUCGUGGCAGCAGCCAUCGAUGCCAGGAUGCUUCAUGAGGCAACACAGUCAGACAAGGCAUUGUUCAACAGACUGGUCCCUUCUGUGAAUGGAGUUAGAAAAUUCUCCCCCAUCCAGAUCUCCAGGCUACAAGGUCUCGGCAUCCAUAAAACAGAUCCUGCAUCUCUCACGCCACAAGAAGUCAGUGCCUUUGCACGCCUCGACCUCGAUCCUUCGAAGAUUACUUGGCACAGAGUCGUCGAUACAAACGAUCGCUUCUUGAGGAAGAUCACUGUAGGACAAGCAAGCACCGAAAAAGGACAGACCAGAGAGACGGGGUUUGACAUUGCUGUCGCCAGUGAAAUCAUGGCCAUUCUGGCUCUUUCUGACAACCUGGGGGACAUGAGAGGCCGACUGGGGCGCAUGGUGGUGGGAACCAGCCGGUCUGGAAAGCCCGUCACAGCAGAGGACCUGGGUGUGAGUGGAGCAGUGGCGGUGCUAAUGAAAGAUGCUAUCAAGCCCACACUGAUGCAGACCCUUGAGGGUACACCGGUGUUUGUCCACGCUGGGCCCUUUGCCAAUAUCGCCCAUGGCAACUCCUCAGUGCUGGCAGACAAGCUUGCUUUGAAGUUGGUUGGACAGGAUGGCUUUGUGGUGACUGAAGCGGGUUUUGGGGCCGACAUUGGGAUGGAGAAAUUCUUUAACAUAAAAUGUCGAGCUUCAGGUUUGAAGCCGAACGUGGUGGUUCUGGUUGCGACCGUUCGGGCCCUCAAGAUGCACGGUGGAGGUCCAAACGUCUCAGCAGGUGCACCACUUCCCAGAGAGUACAUAGAUGAGAAUCUGAGUCUGGUUGCAAGAGGUUGCCGUAGCAACCUAAGGAAGCAGAUCCAGAUUGCAAAGCUGUUUGGAGUACCUGUCGUCGUGGCUCUCAAUGCCUUCAGGACCGACACUCCUGCAGAGAUUGAUCUCGUCUGCCAGAUAGCGAAAGAGUGCGGCGCAUCUGACGCCGUGUCCUGUCAGCACUGGUCUCAGGGUGGGCGUGGCUGUUUGGAGCUGGCACAGGCGGUGAAAGAGGCAGCCCGCCAACCCACAAACUUCCAGUUCCUGUACAAAACAGAGAUGCCGAUAGUGGAAAAGAUCCGAACAAUAGCCCAGAAAGUGUAUGGAGCAGAUGACAUCCAGGUGUCUCCGGAAGUUCAGAGGAAGAUAGAUUACUACAAUCAUCAGGGCUAUGGUUCACUGCCCAUCUGCAUGGCCAAAACCCACCUGUCCCUGUCCCACAUGCCUGACAAAAAGGGGGCACCAACUGGAUUUGUGUUGCCAAUCAGAGAUAUCCGUGCCAGUAUCGGGGCUGGAUUCAUCUACCCGCUUGUCGGAACGAUGAGCACGAUGCCCGGCUUGCCCACCCGACCCUGUUUCUAUGACAUCGACAUCGACCCGGUAACAGAAGAUAUCAUCGGACUCUUCUGAGCAUGCUCACUGUGUCAAAUCUACUUCCUGUUACAUUUCUGAGCAAAAACAACCAACGGAAACCUUUACCAAAUAUAUAUAUUUACAUAUAUAGUUGUGUUUUUCAGGUAAAUGUAUUAGUUUAGGUUUACUCUUCUUUUUAACUUUCUAACUUAAUGUUACAGAAAUAUUUCACAGGUAAAGUAUUUGUACUCCAAAAUGUGCAUAUUUAUUACCUCAAGGAUUGAUUUAUACACUGAAAGUCAGUUUGUUUUUGUUACUUCUUGUGUUGAAACAUUUUCAAAAACUACUGAAUGUUGUAACUUUUAACUUCACUACAUUUCAAACUAUUUAGUUUUUAAAGUUUAUUUUAAAUUGCUUUUGUUUGUAAAAGGAGCAGCAAAAAGUUUUUUUUUUUAACAAUUUAAACAAUGUUUGCUGCAAAAAUUAUCUGAUUAAAAAGUCAAUCAUUCAUUUUUUCUGUCAAACUGAAAACCGGUACACAUCGAUGUUCUAAAAGUGCCUUCCAAAUAAACCUUUCGUUGACAGAAACAUUUUGUUUUUAUGUUAUCAAGAUGUCAUUUAGCAGAAAUUGCUUCUUUUUUUCCCCAAUAAUCUUUGACUCCUGUCAGGAUUUAAGGUCUUAACAUAAUUCAUACUUGAGUCCUGUGCCAGAAGAGCUGCCUCGCUCAGUUAUUCUUGGAUGGAUGCCUGAAAGUGGCCGAUUUGGCCCCGGAGCAGCACCUCAGGGUCCUGCAUCUGUCAUUAUGUGAUGUUUGGGUUUGCGACAUGGAGCCAGCGAGCGUGUGUGCGCACGUUUUGUCUGGCAUUCCACACCUACUAAACUCUGUUAUUGUGCAUUUUAACGGUUGCGAUAAGGCGUCUUAAAAAUGUCGGCAUGCCGGCAGGAAUGCCGUCAUUUUUACAUCCAACAUCAGUCAGCCUGUGAAACUCUGAAGCUGUUGUUGUGGCCUGAUGACAGAUCUAAAGACAGGCUGGAGAUUAAGGCUAUAAUUUGUUUAUUGCCUCACAACACAGGGAAAAACCCACCUUGUUAGAAGUUCCAGAUAGUCAAGGAAGAUAUUUUAUUAAAAGGGCUAAUUUCAGUACCAAGGACAGGUCCAUUUGAAGUUUUUGGACUGAAGUAGAUCUGAUUAUUCUCAGAUUUGUUAUGUUAACUUUUUAUAAGUGCUUUGGGAAUCAAUAAAAUUUUUUCUUUUGAUUAACCAACUGAAAUGAAGCUUCAAAUAUAUAAUUUUGAAUGAUUUUGUUGGUUUUUUAACCAACGAAAACCUUUGACUCUCAAAUAUUACAAAAUCGUUCAUGUGACCUUCAAACCUAUAACAGUCACUAGUGCAAAAAAAAAAAAAAA